AUGCCAUUGAAUUUUUUAGGUGCUGUGUUAACUGAAGGUACUAGUAUUGUGCCUUAUUGGAAACAAGUCAAAACCAUCACCCCAUAUGUUUUAGGUGCAUCCGCUAUUAAAUAUUGGGCUAGUGGUGGUGCUAACAAAUGGGAACGUAAUUUGCAUGGGAAAGUGUAUAUUGUCACUGGUAGUACUUCUCAAGGUAUGGGCACUUCAGCAAUCCUUGAUUUGGCAAGAAGAGGGGCACAGUUGAUUCUAUUGACAAGAAAUUUAGAUGAAUGGACUAUUGAUUGGUGUAAUGAUAUUAGAGAGCAAUCAGGUAAUGAACUAAUUUACUUGGAAGAAUGCGAUUUGAGCGAUCUAUUGGAUGUUCGGAAUUUUGCCACCACCUGGUUAAAUAAUUCUCCACCAAGAAGAUUAGAUGGUAUUCUAGUUAUGUCAGGCGAAAUGGAGCCUUGUCUUUUCUCUAAAAGAAAAUCAAGUAUUGAUGGGUUAGAAUUACAAAUUGCCACAAACUUUGCAGGUGUCUUUCAUCUCUUGGAUCUAAUGAAGCCAAGUUUUAAAGCUCAACCUCCUGAUCGUGAUGUUCGUAUCAUUGUAACUACUUGCCUAUGGCAAAGUAUGGGGCGUAUUGAUGUAGAAGAUCCUUUAUGGCAAAAUCGAAAAUUUGAUGGAUCAUUGAAAUAUUUUGCUACAUCUAAAUUACAAUUAUCAUUAUGUAUGUUAGAAUUACAACGUCGAUUAAUGCGUUCUAUUAAUGAAGAAAAGAAGGGUAAAGAUACAAAUACUUUAUCUGAACAUGGUGCUAAUGUCAGUGUUACAUUAGUCCAACCUGGUAUAAUGAGAUCUAAUAGCUUACGUCGUAUAAUAAGUAAUGGCUCCAUCAUAUUGUUGAUCUUUUUAUAUUGUAUCAUCUUAUACCCACUCUUAUGGUUAUUUACCAAGAGUGGUAGACGUGGUGCAGAAAAUAUUAUUUAUGCAGUGAUGACCCCGGAACUAGAACCAGUUAAUAGAACAGAUUUAGAGAAGGUUAAAUAUAUUGUUGAUUGCGAAGAAUCCAAAUUAAUCCGUAAAGAAUUCCAAGAUGAAGAAUUACAAAAACAUUUAUAUGAUAAGACUGCUUCAGAUAUCCUAGAAUUAGAGAAAGCUAUGGCAAAGAAAAGACCCAUGAAGAAGAAGGCAAAUUAUACAGAUAAUUCAAUGAAAGUGGAUAAGGAUAAAGUUUCCAAGGAAAGGGCGUCCAAUACCGGUUCUUCUAAGAAUUCUACUAACAUUAAAAAGACUAAUGUUAGUACUAAGGGUAAGAAUCAAAUUAAUGAAAGUAACCUAUCUCAAAAUUCAUCAUCUGUUAGAAAACCAAAAAAAAGGCUAAAUAGAAGGCUUCUUAUAAAUUCACUUACUCUGAAUUAA